UGUGUCAAUCCUGAUCUUUAAUACUUCGCGGCAGUGCUUUGUUGUGGUGAAGCAGUUCCGCCCAGCUGUUUACAUGUGUGAAGUAGAAAAGCAUCGUCCUCAAGUCUUUCAGAAUCAGGACAAGGAGGGCUUCUCUCAUCUAGAGGAUCCCUUGCCUGCAGCGGUAGGAGUGACCUAUGAACUCUGUGCUGGCAUUGUAGACAAACCAGACCUCUCUUUAGAAGAAAUUGCAUGUGGAGAAGUCCUAGAAGAGUGUGGCUAUCAUGUUCCCGUUACAGACAUGAAGAGGAUCACUUCUUACAGAUCUGGAGUUGGUGUGACAGGUUCUAGGCAGACCUUAUUUUAUGUGGAAGUAACGGACCAGAUGAGAACUGGGGAAGGAGGUGGCCAACCUGAAGAAGGAGAGCUGAUUGAAGUUGUAGAAAUACCUUUAGAAGACUCCAUGAAGUUUGCUUUUGAUGAAACUCUCCCAAAGACGAUGGGUGUCAUCUUCAGCUUCAUGUGGUUCCAAAACAAUAUAGCACCCAAGCUACCAAAAAAAUAA